CCUCCGGAGGAUUCGUACAGUCGCUGGCUGACCUCCUUCUGGUGGAUCGUGGUCAUGGUGGUCAUGACCGGGUUCACGGGCAUCAUGAAGGCCAGCAUGAUGGUCAAGGACCAAACUGGCCGCAUAAACACCCUCGCGGACGUCAUGGCGCGGCCUGAGAUCCGACCCUUCAUCAUCAGCGGAAGCACUUACGAACGACUCUUCAGCACUUCAACUCGGCCUGACUAUCAGCGCCUCUGGAGACAAGUGCAGCGCUGGAAGGCUGUGGCACCGGCCAGCUGGGUCCUGAGCAAACCAGCUUUCGAUUUGCUUUUGGAGGAGAAAGCCAUCUUCUUCUGCGACGACAUCCUGCUCCACUGGACCGUCGCGCGCAUCUAUCCGAACGGCUUCGAGGGAGAGUUCUACAUGGGCACUGACUACUUCCUCAACAACGAGUUCACCAUGUUCGUGCGGCGCACGCUUGACAAGGACCUGAUCAAGAAGAUUCACCUGCGGCUCCGUUGGCUGUGGGAGGCCGGGCUGCCCCAGGACUGGAAGCGCCGCGCCAUGGAGUCGGCGCUGCGUAAAUCGGCGAGCGCGCCGACGACCGUCGUGGCAGCCAUGAAGCUCACGGACGUGGGAGCAAUCUUCUACCUGAUGCUUUUCGGACAGGCGUUCGCGUGCAUUGUCGCCCUGUCCGAAGUGUGUGUCGGCAAGCUGCUGCCGGCUUCAUCGCGUGCCCUUGCGCAGCGGUCGCGGAAAGGGGAAAACACCGGUGGCGGUGGGAAUUCGCUGCCCGUCGCGGUGGUCCACACGGGACAGCGCCUGUCGUCCCUUGGCGCGUCUUCCCAGGUUGCCGUAGCUAUCGACGGACGUCCGAUGAAUUAGAGCCAUAACGUGGCCAUACUACUGCAAGUAGAGCUCUACUAUAGUGUGGCCAGCUGCACUUAAGGAGCUUCGGAUUUGUCCGUUUCUCAAGAUUUCCGCACGAGUUACAGAUAAUUAGACUUGUGCAUGUCACAGUUAAUUAUGGGUCUAAAGAAACUUGCUGCACUGCCACUGCGUAUAUAAACCAGCAUGACACGGGACGCAGAGCACGAAUGGAACUACUUGUUCGCCAAUUUAUUUAUGACUGUCUUCGCUGCAGUCUGCAAUUAAGGCACCUUCAACUGGAUAAUAUGUCUUGAACGAUCGCAAUCCUAAAUAAGUUAUCGGUUGCCGCUCCAUUUGUGCACGCAGUGCUUGCAUACAUCGUGGUUCUUAUUUGAGCUGUUUGCUUUCUUGCCUAGCUGGGAAUCCGGCCAGUUAUAUCGAACCAGUCAAUUAGGUUUAGCGCCAGCGAUUCGAAUGUUUUCGUGCAAAGCUCAACAACUCUUUACUUACGUCGAUUGCUAAACUCUUUGUAGGACCCAGGAUUAAGAAAUCAACACGUCGACUACGCUGACACUCUGACAUAUAUGCUAUAUAUUUGGUGUGGACCAUGGUAAAAGAUGACUGAACGAUACUGAGGCGACGCAAAGACCACAGUUGAAGGUUGCAGUUGAAGGUUGCAGUUGAAGGUUGCAUACUUCAUUGCAUGAGGAACGGAAACCACAAUAAGCUACAAAUGAAAUAUUUUUUGUUCGAUCCUAGGCAAUUUAUACAAUCCGCAAACCUGGUUGGCGAAUUCUGGUGACCUACAACAGUAUAAACGAGAGGGGAAAAAAGGGAAAAAAGUUAUUGACCAAUCUUGGAGGGCCACACACGACCUGCAUGGCUCAGCUAAAGCGUACGACGCGCAGUUUGGUGAUAUGCUCGAGUGUUCCUAUAAGGUAAUGGACAAUAGCACAGUAACCUCAUCUUUACAUAUAAUUGGUAUCAUUCCUUACAGUGAAAUGAGAGAUAUGAAUCUAUAACUAAUAAACUUGAAGUGCGAACUACACUGUAAACACAAAUGAGCCCAUAUGGGCGUUUUAACAGUUGAUAUGCCAUUUUUCCCCUCUAGCCUAAAAUGAGUACUCCCACGAGAAGAAGUAAAAUAAGCUAGAACCAUUAUUAUACCCCCGGCCCCAUUUGAAGGGCCAUUGCGGUUGUAAAAUGGGGGUUUCCAAGGAAUAACGGUGGCGUACGGGAAAGUGGGAGUGUUGAAAUACACCCAUAUCUGAGACGAGCCAAAUAGAGAAAAGAAUAACUCAGCCGUGACCAACAAGGCAGGCAGCCGCAGCGACAAUUUCAGUAAGAUUAUUUCUGCAGUCAGAUUCGAAAUAUCCCGCGCAAUGUGUGUCGGCGCUGUUUUUCUGUUCGGAGUGGCCGCGCCUUGGUGCUGCAGAGGACGCCGACAGUCGGAACUACGCGCGGAGGAACACAAGCCUUCGGAGCGCUCGAGCGCGCGCGUUGAAAGCUGCGAUCGAGCAGCCAUUUGUCAGCGGCUGCGCAUUCUUCUACCGUGGUUGAUGUUUCACACUGCUUUGAACCCUCAAGACUCCACGAUUACUGGAUACGCCGUCACUUGAACCUCGGCGGCCGGAGCAGGACUGUGGUUGCGGCCGUUUCGUUGCCAGCUGUGAGGAUGAAGCAGCUUCAUAACCGGAGAUCAGCCGCCUCCCAUCAGUUUCCCUUUUCAGCAAUAGAGGUCUUGGGUGCCUUUCUACCGGUGUUGCAUCCUGUGACUGACCACUCCAACGAUCUCGGCAGAAUCGUUACGCAGGAAGAAGUCCGGCUGGCCCCAAGCCUGGUGUGAAAUGAAGAAAUGGCACUCCACAUCAAUUCAUGUUUACUUGUCGUCAUAACCAGUCUGUUAGCUUAAUUUUUGGUUCUUCCUAUUGAAUUCUCAAGAAAGGUACCAACUCUGUCAUUCAUUGAAAACGAAUUUUUGCACUUGGGGACGCAGCCAUGCACAAAGCCUUUUAGCUCAUUAAUAUUUUUAUUCUUAAAGAAAGUGCAGCUCCUGCGUGGAGCAAUGGGUUGAAUAAGACGAGGGUAAAUGAAAAGAUGGCGACAUUAAUUGUCAACAGUUGUCCAACAAAAAAAGUCUCAAGCUGGAGCCAACAUCAUUGCAAGGGAACCAAAUGGCUCCAGCCUGAGACAUUCGUUGUUCAACCUGGCAAGUCUCCUUGUCGAAAUAUUUCCUCUAGCCUGAGACCUAUAUCCACCCUCGACCAACAAUACACCCAUACAUUUGGCAACCCAUGGCAAGGUAACAAAUUCACAUUCAAAGAAAGAGAAUGUAGUGUGCACCCUGGAAGGUAGCAUGAACAGUAUUUUAUUUACUUAAUGAAAUGCAGGUUUGCUAUCCAACUACUUUAUUUCGAUCCCCAUUUUAUAACUGGACAGCAUGGUUCCUCAGAGAGAAUAUUUAUUCGAAGCUCACACAAUUUUGCUCCUGUAUGUCCGUUAAAUCUGUCCUGGUUGCUACACUACCAGCCCUGUCUGCAAUUGCAUAGCAGUGUUUUGAGUAUGCAUCCCAAUUCAAAAGAAUAGUUAGGCAUCUACCUCAGAAUGUCUGCUACUGCGUUGCAGCUCGAAUUCUAUAUCUAGGUGGUGACUGUGAUGCCAUGUGCUUUUUAAAUAAGACCAAUAUGCUAUCUGAAGUGCAAUUAAAUGCAAUCUCAAAUGACCUCAGCUCGGGGAAUGACACGAUUGGAAACCAAUGUGAUCAGGAGGAUUUGAUUUCUGAAAACAAGGCACUUAAACAUGAGAAACCAGUACUAAUCUCGUCUAAAGAUGCUGUUAUUGGGUAUGAUAGGGGAGUUACUUGUUCGUGGCUGCAUUUGCAGCAUGUUACAUUGCUGGCUUUAUAUAUUGCACUGGGUACAGUGAAAUGUUGCUGCUUGCACAAUAUUCAACUAAACAUGGUAGCCAUGCUAAAGUGUCCAUGCAGAACACAACUCAUCCACUAUUAAGGACUGCAGUGGAACCUUCAUAAACGAAAAUCGCUUAAGCGAAACUGCCGCUUAAACAGGACACCAUCCUGAUGGUUGGUUGGCUCUCUGCAAUGUCUCGCACUAAAUAGAAUGCCUGGUAAAUGGAACCAAUUUCCCUGGCCCCUUGAGGCUCCAUUUAAAGAGUGCCCACUGUAAAAAUAUAGGGGGGAUCCUGUUCGGAACUUUCGCAAAUCUAGUCGUAAACAAAACUGCAUUUCAGUGGGAGUGAAAUGCAAAAGCACCCGUGUACUUAGAUUUAGGUGCAUGUUAAAGAACCCCAGGUUGUCCAAAUUAAUCCGGGGUUACUCGCUAUGGCACGUCUCAUAAUCAGCAGGUGGGUUCUGGUUUGUAAAAUACGGUUUAUUUUUAAUAGCCUGCUCGGAAAUACAGCCCAAUAACUACAUUAAAUUAUGUAGCUUGUUUGUGUGUUGAGUCCCAAUUUCUUAAUUUAGUACUUUGACAUUUAUCAUAUUUGUGUGCUAGUCCAUGCAAAAUACCACUGAUCAGCCUCAUUAUACAAGCCACUGUUAAUUUAGAAUGGCUUAGUCAAGCAACUUAAACUUACAGCACAAACACCUAAGACGGACCACAAAAGGAACAUACGACACAUCGAGGCUAACAACUUCUUUAUUUCUUCGUCGUCGAUGCAAUAUAAACCCUAGACCACACAACCGUGCAGGCAAUCAGAUUACAUUACAGAGAUCUGCCAAAUUAUCACAUAAGCAAACGUAGGAAGUCAAAUUCAGAUGGGUGCAGGGACAAAGAUAUCUCACUGAUGCAAUUAUCGCCUUGCCUUUUUAUGUGGUAGGCCUCUAUGGUAAGCCGCGCAUGCUCAUUCUUGCUUUUGCCUAGAAUCGACGUCCCGUCAAGUUGUGCCUCACAAUUGUUGCAAGAGUUUAUAUGCGCACCAAGGUGCGCUGCUCUAUCUAGAUUGUUGUUUACUUUUUGCGCAUGUUCCCUGAGUAGCUCAUUGACGCAAUGCCCUAUCUAGCCAAGCUAUAUCUUACCACAUGAGAGUGGAAUGGUGUAAACCACGCUGACAGCGCGCGACACGUAUGAAGCACUAUGCCGAAUUUGGCCUCCUCCUCUGCUCUCUCCGCAGAUGCGUGAGCAUAGCUUUAAAAGCUUGUUCGGCGAAGAAAAAGCCAAAGGAACACUAUGCCUGCAAGCUACUCCCUUGAGUUGAUAAAUGACCUUAUGUAUUUAAGGGACCACGCAGGGAACAUGCGCAAAAAAGUGAACAAGAAUGUAGGUAGAGGAGUGCACCUUGUUGCGCAUGCAAACCCUUACAACAGUUGUGAGACGCGACUUGAUAGGACGUCGAUUCUUGGCAAAAGCAAGAAUGAGCAUGCGCUGUUUGCCUUAGAGGCCUACCACAUAAAAAGACAAGGCGAUAAUUGCAUCAGUGACAUAUCUUUGUCCCUGCACCCAUCUGAAUUUGACUUCCUACGUUUGCUUAUGCGGUAAUUUGGUAGAUCUCUGUAAUGUAGUCUGUGCGGUGGUGUAGCCUAGGGUUUAUAUAUGCAUCGAUGACAAAGAAAUAAAGAAGUUGUCAGUUAGCGCCAGUGUGUGCCGUAUCUGCCUUUUGUGGUCCGUCUUAGGUGUUUGCGCUGUAAGUUUAAGUUCAGAAUUAUGUACCAACUAGGCCCAAAUGGAGUUUUACUGGUAGUCGAGCAAGCUCAAUAUAUAGUCUGUGCAAAAGUGUGGAGUGUCAGUGCAAAGUAACAGUUAAAACACAUGGCUAUGUAGUUACAGUUCAGUAUGAAAUGAGAUAAGAUUUCUUAGCAUUUCUUUCAUUUGCUAAUUUCAUUGUGUUAGGACAUGUAGAAUACUAGUAACUGGACAGUUCAGUAUGAAAUGAGAUAAGAUUUCUUAGCAUUUCUUUCAUUUGCUAAUUUCAUUGUGUUAGGACAUGUAGAAUACUAGUAACUGGCAUGCAUGCCUACAAUGUACAGUAUUCUUUUUUAAAACCCAGACAAUUGUUUUACUGGGGCAGAAAUUUGCUUUCUUUUGGGCCCGAAAGUGAACAUAUAUUUCUUACAUUUGGUGUUUAAUAAAUUUUCUUUGCUGUCA